AAAAUGCUGAUUCGGUGGAAAAGCAAAGAUAAAAGCUCGUCCUCAACGUCGUCCUCGUCGAGCACGUCGAAAAAGAAACGGAAAGGAAGAGACAGCGACGAUGACUGGCAAAAUGAUAAAAGCAACAGGAACCAACCUACCGAUCAAGCGAUCGAUGAUCGGCGACGAUCGGCACGAAGCAGGGAGGAUCCCCGACGACACACGCUCGGCGGUGAUAUGCUACAGUAUCAGGCUCAAACACAACCGCCAAACAUUCAACGGUCACUCGACUUUGAGACUCCACAGAUGCGUGUGUAUACGCCGACGAAUCAAGGUCCACUGUUUGACGAUGAUCCUGGCAUCAUGUCCGAAGCGGAAACGGCAAGCACUGGCUUUCGGCGGGGUGGAAAGCAACGCUCGUCCCUGCCCGUCGUAAGAACACCGUCGAAAACGUUGGAACGGCCGCUAGGGUUGGUGUUUUUGCAAUAUCGCUCGGAAACGAAACGCGCCCUGCUACCGAAUGAAAUCACGUCCAUCGAUACGGUGCGGGCACUGUUUGUGCGAUCCUUCCCGCGACAGCUUACGAUGCAGUACCUCGAAGGGCCGAACGUGAAGAUUUACAUUCAUGAUUCGAGCAAGGACAUGUUCUACGAGCUGGAGGAUGUUAGAUCGCAUCUCCGAGAGAUUCGGGAUCGGUCCGUGUUACGAUUGUUCGAGUCGAAUGAAGUGAGCGCACCUCAGGUCCUGCCCGGUGGCCAAAAUAUUCCACAGCCUCUGCAACCGGCAGCCAUUCCAAAUCAGUGGGAUCAAGAGCAGAGCUAUUUCAGCGAACCAGAAUUCGACUCAGAAUAUCAACAUCAGCACAUUCACAAAAGCAAGCAACCUACAAAAACACCAUAUUAUGUUGGAACAACUCAAACGCUGCCAAGAGGAAUGUAUUCGGAUAGAACCAAGGGAGCAAUAGGAGUAGCAUCGAAACCGAUUCGUUCGUACGGUUCGCGGGGCAACAUUGCAGGACCGAUGCCAUACACUACGGAGCAACUGUACAACAUUCCAGAUGGCUACAUGAGUUCGCCGGAACGAAGUGGAGCAUCUCGAGGAGCGUACGAAGAGCCUUACUAUAGCCAAUACGGUACACGUUCCACGACCGUAACACCGAUUAUCGACGAAGAGCAAGGGGAUAUAUCGAUCGCGGAUGAUCAAUACGCCAUGUAUGGAGUGAAAAAUGUUGGAAGAAUUCCACGAGUGCCACCAAACCAGAUGUACGAUCAUACCAGAUCGGAAGACCUCCACAGAAUACGGGUCGAGCACAUGGAGCGACAACUGGCCAACCUUACCGGACUGGUGCAGAAAGCACUCACACAAAAUCCUCAACUACCGCUAGUUAACAACAACCCAAAUAUUCUAAACAUCCCUGGACAAUAUCGUAACGCUGAAACUACUGGAGAUGGUACAGUUUGCACGCGCGAAAAACCACCAAAAUUGGGAAAAUCAACAUGUCAUAAAUCGGUUUCGUUUGAAAAAUCUGUCUCCUUCAGUGACGACAUUCAAGGUGUGCCAAAAUCUCACAGUCCACAGCAUUCCGCAGACACAAAACCUCCCAAACCGGCAAUUAAAUCCUCAACAUUGCCAAGAACCUCAUCACAGGAACGAGAUCGACUAAAACCACCACCGCCUCCGAAGCCUCUGGUGAUGAUUGCGGGAAAUCAGUACCGUACCGACCUAACUCUUGCCCCGGAAGUGUAUAAUCAACUGCGUGGCUUACAAAAGAAAGCUAUGGAUCUGCGAACGGAGGUCCGUACCCUGCGGCGGUUAACGCAAACCCAGGCUGUCGCUGUACGGGAGGACAUUAAGGACACGUUCAUGAGAAUACGUGCCACCCUGCUUUCGAACUCGGGCUUCGUUUGGGGCCAGGGCGAUAAGGAAAGGACAAAUCUUACUAGAGAAGAAGAAAUCUAUAAACAAGAGGUAAUCCGAUUGGAAAAGGAUCUGGCUGAUUUGGAAUCAUCCGUAGAAGGUUUAAGAGGUGAAGUCAUUAACAGAAGAACCCGUGUCAACAUGGUCGCCGUGGAAGAUAUGGCGCUAGUGCUCAGCCGUGCGAGUAAAACUGUUGCCGAGCUGAAAAUGCGUUUCCCAGUUUUACAGCAAGGAUUAAGAAAUCUCAUCUCCAACGAAAUGGAGCACGUUUGUCGAGAGGAAGCAUUUCUCAAAGAUGAACCCGAUCGACUGGAGAAUGCACUAAGAAGGUGUAAAAAAUUAACCGGCACACUCGUGACGCUCAAAAGACUUGCAAGCGUACAGGAGCAACGGCUUCCAAUACCGGACACGACGACCACGGAUGAAACGAUCAAACCUCCGGAAACACACAACAACGUAAAUAAGCCAAUCCCAACUCCCCGUCUGGGGACAGUCGUUGCCAGUGGAGGAAUCGCCCCAGAAAACGCACUCGAUGCUUUGCUAGAUGAGCUGCAAACCUUUGCCAAACCGCCGAACGGUGUGAACGAGCACCGACCGGACGACUCCACAUCGGACGAUAGUUCUCAAACGUUGCAAAACAGCAUCACGACUAAAAUUUCCCAAUCACAACUAUACCCCUCCGAACCCGUCUCCUCCAACGUCGGUCUCCGGCGGCUUCAUUCGUAUCCGAGCGGUUCGGAUACGGACACGAGUCCACCGCAGCCGACCCGUCCGACUACCGGCAAACCGCCCGUUCCGGAACGCAACGCCGAGUUGCUGUCGAAGGUGAACAACAAGCGAGUACCGCCGCCACCACCGCCCCGUACCAGCUCCCGCAGCCCUCUGGCCAGCCCAACCAGUCCACACGUACCGCAACAUCACCGUGGCCAACAGCCCGCCGUAACGCUGUCCGACUGUGAGCAGCAGCAGCGCACCUCCGAAGGUACCGAUUCUGGCAGCGAAUCCGUAUGCUCGGACAACUCGCAACGUCAGCUUGCGCUGGAGCUGCGUCAUCAGGAGCUGCUAAAAAAACAGCGGCAGCUACAGGAACAAUACCAGCGGCUGCAGCAGAUGAGCAAAAAUGCCGUCCCGCUAGCACCGACAACGAUGAACCACGAUAUCAAGAAAACGGGCAGCGAGUCCAAUCUGCCGGUGAAGAUGGGCUACAACAUGACCGUAAGUGGUUCGAUGAAAAAUCUCUGCGGCGGAGGAGCAGGAGGAGGCGAUGCUGCCAUGCCUUUCGACUCGGUGGCACCAACGGCCAACAAUGUCGAGCAUCAGGACGGAAGUGACAGUUCCUCCGGUGGUCCGAACUCGAUGGACGGUGGUGCUGUUAUCGGUGCGAACGGAAACACCGGUUCCCUGCCACCACACCUUACCAAAACCACCAACAAAGUGUACGAAACGGACAUACUGUAA